AUAAAGAGGAAGCCAAUGCAGAUAACAAAAGCAGAGAAUCUAGUCUUUGUCCAGACAGACAAACCCAUAUACAAACCAGGACAAACAGUGAAAUUCCGUGUUGUCUCUAUGGACAUCAGUUUUCGCCCGUUGAAUGAAAUGUUCCCUAUCAUUUAUAUUGAGAAUCCCAAGAGGAACCGAAUUUUUCAAUGGCAAAAUGUCGACCUACCCACAGGACUCCACCAGCUCUCUUUCCCACUGUCGAUUGAGCCAGCUCUAGGUACCUACAAGGUUAUAGUGCAGAAGGACUCGGGGAAGAAAAUAGAGCACUACUUUGAGGUGGAUGAAUACGUUUUGCCCAAAUUUGAGGUGCAAGUAAAAAUGCCCAAGACGAUUGCUUUCCUGGAAGAGGAAUUUGAUGUAUCUGCCUGUGGCGUAUACACAUAUGGAAAGCCCGUUCCAGGUCUGGUGACAAUUAGCGUGUGCAGAAAAUAUUCACGAUACCGCUCCAACUGCCAUGGCCAAAAUUCACAAAGUGUCUGUCAAGAAUUCAGCAAACAGGCAGAUGAUAAAGGAUGUUUCAGUCAAGUUAUAAAAACCAAGGUAUUUCAGCCAAGACAAAAAGGCUAUGACAUGAAAAUACAAGUGGAAGCCAAAGUCAAAGAGGAGGGAACAGGACUGGAACUAUCUGGUUAUGGAUCAUGUGAAAUAACAAACACCUUAAGCAAACUGACGUUUACUAAAGUGGAUUCACACUACAGGCCUGGGCUACCUUUCUUUGGGCAGGUUCGACUUGUUGAUGAGAAGGAUCAGCCAAUGCCCAACAAAAACGUGUCUGUCCGUGUGGAUCUAGCUCAGUACCAGUCCACUUUCACUACUGAUGAGCAUGGCUUGGUCAACAUUGUCCUUGACACUUCCAACUUCACGUCGUCAUUCAUAAGUUUCGCGGUCAUCUACAAGGAUAACAAUAUCUGCUAUGAUAACUGGUGGCUUGAUGAAUUUCACACACAAGCACACCAUUCUGCAACUCGGAUCUUUUCCCCAAGCAAGAGUUACGUUCAUCUUGAACUUGUUCUUGGUACUUUGUCCUGUGGGCAAACUCAGGAGAUUCGGGUGCACUACAUCGUGAACAAAGACACCCUGAGUGAUGAAAAAGACUUAACCUUUUACUACCUGACCAAAGCAAGGGGAAGCAUCUUCAACUCGGGAAGCCACGUGCUGUCACUUGAACAAGGAAACACAAAAGGGACAUUUUCCUUCCCACUUCAAGUGGAGCCAGGCAUGGCUCCUGUGGCCCAACUGCUCAUUUACGCCAUCUUACCUGACGGAGAAGUUGUCGCCGACACUCAGAAACUCGAAAUUGAAAACUGUUUUGCCAAUAAGGUAAACUUGAGUUUCUCACCAGCGCAGAGCCUGCCAGCCUCUGACGCCCACCUGAAGGUCACAGGUACGCCCCUGUCCCUCUGCGCCCUCCGUGCUGUAGACCAGAGCGUGCUGCUACUGAAGCCGGAAGCCGAGCUCUCGCCUCAGUCAAUCUAUAAAUUGCUGCCAGUAAAGUCUCCCCAGGGUGGCUCAAUGCAUGGAUACGAUGAAAAGUGCCUGAAUGCGGAUGAAAUCACUCACAAUGGGAUUGUGUACACGCCAAAGCAGGACCUGAGGGAUGACGACGCCAACAGCGUUUUUGAGUCUAUAGGAUUAAAAGUCUUUACCAACUCCAAAAUCCACAAACCACGCUUUUGCCAGCUGCCUCAAGCCUAUCCAGGAAUGUCUGUAGCCUAUGCCUUGUCACCACAAGCCUUGCCUAUGGUAGCAGCCUCAAGAGGGGGCUUCAGAACAACGAGCUACGAAAUGGACAUGAUGGAAAAUGCUCCAGUGGUGGAAGUAAGAGAGACAGUGCGGAAGUACUUCCCGGAAACCUGGAUCUGGGACAUGGUGCCACUGGAUGCAUCGGGCGGCAGUGAGCUGGCCGUGAAGGUCCCUGACUCCAUCACUGAGUGGAAAGCCAGUGCAAUCUGCCUGUCUGGAGAUACUGGCCUUGGGCUCUCCCCAACCAUCCCUCUCACAGUCUUCCAGCCCUUCUUCUUGGAACUCACCCUCCCCUACUCUGUGGUUCGGGGAGAAGCCUUCACCCUCAAAGCCACAGUGUUCAAUUAUAUGUCUCACUGCAUUCGGAUCCAUGUGGACUUAGAGGUCUCUCCUGAUUUCCUGGCUGUCCCAGUGGGGGUCCAUGCAGACUCUCACUGCAUCUGUGGCAAUGGAAGAAAUACUGUGUCCUGGGCUGUGACCCCAAAGUCGCUAGGGGAGGUGAACUUCACAGCUACUGCAGAAGCUUUACAGUCUCCAGAAUUGUGUGGCAAUGAGGUGACCGAAGUGCCAUCCCUUAUACGGAAGGACACUGUAAUCAAGCCCUUACUAGUCGAGCCUGAAGGAAUCGAGAAGGAACAAACAUUCAACGCACUGUUAUGUCCAUCAAAUGCUGAAUUACAUCAGGACUGGUCACUGAACCUUCCACCCAAUGUGGUUGAAGGAUCUGCCAGGGCUACACACUCCGUUUUGGGCGAUAUACUAGGCUCUGCAAUGCAAAACCUCCAAAAUCUUGUCCGGAUGCCCUAUGGCUGUGGAGAGCAAAACAUGGUCCUUUUUGUCCCUAAUAUCUAUGUUCUCAACUAUCUGAAUGAAACACAGCAGCUGACGGAGACGAUCCAGUCCAAAGCCAUUAGCCACCUCGUCAGCGGGUAUCAGAGGCAGCUGAACUAUCAGCACAGUGAUGGCUCGUACAGCACAUUUGGGGAUCGAGGUGGGAACAGCCAGGGAAAUACUUGGCUCACUGCAUUCGUUCUCAAGGCCUUCGCUCAAGCUCAGUCCCACAUCUUUAUAGAGAAGACACACAUCACCAAAGCUCUCAACUGGCUCUCAGGGAAACAAAAGGAAGAUGGUUGUUUCCAGCAGUCUGGAUAUCUGCUCAACAACGCUAUGAAGGGCGGUGUGGCUGAUGAAGUGACACUCUCUGCCUACAUCACCAUUGCUCUGCUGGAGAUUCCACUGACUGUCGAGCACAGUAUUGUCCGAAAUGCUCUGUUUUGCCUGGAAACAGCCUGGGCCUCCAUCUCACAGAGCCAAGGAAGUCAUGUCUAUACCAAGGCAUUGCUGGCCUAUGCCUUUGCCCUGGCAGGAAACCAAGCCAAGCGAAGCGAGCUGCUUGAAUCACUCAACAGAGAGGCUGUGAGAGAAGAUGAUUCAAUGCACUGGCGACGUUCUGGGAACAUUCAGGAAGUGAAGACGCCCUACUAUCAACCACGGGCGCCUUCUGCGGAAGUGGAAAUGACAGCGUAUGUGCUUCUUGCCUAUCUUACGGCUUUGCCUUCCCAGUCUUCACUGGGCCGCUCUUCAGAGGACCUGUCUUCAGCAUCCAAAAUUGUGAAAUGGAUCACCAAGCAACAAAACUCCCACGGGGGCUUCUCCUCCACUCAGGAUACAGUGGUGGCUCUCCAAGCCCUCGCUAAAUAUGGAGCAGCCACUUUUACCAGAAGUAAGAAAGAAGUGCUGGUCACCAUCAAGUCUCUGGGGACCUUCUCUCAGAAGUUCCAUGUUCACAAUGACAACCGCCUGCUGCUGCAGGAAGUCAGGCUGCCAGAUCUCCCUGGAAAGUAUGUCACUGAAGUGUCAGGGUCAGGAUGUGCGUACCUCCAGGUGUCUCUAAAAUACAACAUCCUUCCGAAGACAGAAGGAAAAGCGCCCUUCACUCUGCAGGUUGACACCCUCCCCGUCAAUUCUGAUGAACAUUACAAAACAUUCCUGAUUCACAUCAACGUAAGCUAUACGGGAGAGCGACCCAGCUCCAACAUGGUCAUUGUUGAUGUGAAGAUGGUAUCAGGCUUCAUACCUGUGAAGUCAACCGUGAAAAAGCUCCAAGACCUUUCUAAUAUUCAGAGGACUGAAGUGAACACCAACCAUGUUCUAGUCUAUGUUGAAAAGCUCACCAAUCACACCCUGAGUUUCUCAUUCUUGGUGGAACAAGACAUCCCAGUAGAAAACUUAAAACCAGCUCCAGUAAAAGUGUAUGAUUAUUAUGAGACAGAUGAAUUCGCGGUUGAAGAAUACAGUGCCCCUUUCAACGCUGGACAUGGAAAUGCUUAA